UGACGGUUCUGAUGGACGGCAGCUAAAGCGGAGGCAAUCCCUGUCCCAGUAAGCUGUUGAUCAGUACGACGUUCCUAGAACGGCAUGUCUGGACCAUUCGCCAAAGUCUCCAUAACCUUUGCCUCAGCUGACAACAUUUGGUAGAAAACCACCCAGUUUUUCAGAGUUGGAAGCAGACCCUGCAAAGUACAAAUUCAAAGUCGUCCAGAAAAUAGAUCUUUGACUCUAUGAGUUUGAGGUGAUGGUCAACUUAAAAUGAGUCUGAGAGCAUGUGAUACCUAGCAUCCCAGCAGGAGCCUGCAAGAGAGUUUGGUCCUAGCAGUACAUUGUAGCCGGAAAACAGUCCGCCAACCGUCGAGGUGGCGGCAGCUCUCCUGCUCGAGCCAUGGGAAAGCAGAAGGCAAAAGAGCAACCAGCAGGCCCUGAAUAGGCUGAUUGCAAAGAGCGCUGCAGAGAAGAAGCCGGCAGCAAGGGAUGCAGGAACAACGGCUUCGGACGGUUCCUUUGAGCAGGGCCCUGAUCUUGUAUAUGGAAUCAGAGUAGUGGCAGGGAGUGAAUGGGAGGCGCCACUUUCUGUCCUCAUAGAGCUUCUGACCGGGCUGCACAUCAGCCUCCUCGUGGUCACUCUCGCUGACCUCCGAAGCGUCGGCCGCGGUUCUCGACGCCCGCGGCAACACGGCGGCGUUCUACCGCGACUUCUGGAAGCAACCGGUUCUCCUCCCCGGGGAACGGACCGUACCCGAUUGGAUGCCGAAAGAUGGGUCGGUUGAGAACCCCGCCUCGUCUUCGGAGAAUCCGCUGCAAACGAUAUUGGAACUGCUACGUUUGACGGAAAAGAAGGAAGCCGGUAUGGAAGUAGAAGAGGGAAUGGUUGAGAGAGGUGCGGACAAAGCUGGGGAGAAAGGGGCAGAUAGCGUGGAUCGCGGUUUGAUGAAGAAGCCGGAGAGCGACUUAUUGGAAAAGCCAAAGGGUGAUGAAGAGGGAGUUGAAGGGGCUGGCGGGGCAGACCUGAAAGUCGGCCAGCAUCAUAUGGAAUUCCGAGAGAAGGGCCCCAGCGAUGCAGAAACGGCGUCAGCAAAGGCUCGCCUCGACGCUACAGCGACGUCGACCGCCAGCGAUCCGCCGACAUCCGAACGGAACGGAACCAGCGGAAAAGCGCGGCAGCGUUCUAGGGGGGGCGCGCGCGGGGCUGGCCCGACUCCGCUUUCGGAGGCGGUUUUGCCAGAGAAGUCCCAAGUGACCGGGACAACGACAAUUGAGACGGAUGCGGGGCAGAGCGUGUGCGAAGGCUCGUCAAAAUCGCCCGGGGUAAAGGACGGGGGGCUGGGGAGAGGGCCAUCAGUAAUCGCAGAACAGCCUGCCGGGGGGGGCGGUUUAGAACCUGGACCGGGGGGGGGGGGGUGGGCGGACGAGAUUACCAGCCUGGCGGAGACGCCCGGUGACAUUCCAAACCAGCUCAAGGAGGGCGGGGAGCAAGCAGCCACGAAACCGCAAAAGGGGAGUCGAUUGCCAACAAGAAAAGCGUCAAGAAGACCAAGAAGAAGCAGAAAAAGAAGAAGGGUCAGGCCGCCGUAG